AUGGAGUUUGGUUGGGAGUGCGAGGUUGGCUUUGCCUCGUGUGAUUUCCCGGCGAUAUUCAACUUUGGAGACUCGAACUCCGACACCGGCGGCCUCUCGGCAGUGUUCGGCCAGGCGCCGCCGCCUCAUGGGGAGACUCACUUCCGCAGGCCUGUCGGGCGGUACUCUGACGGCCGCCUCGUGGUUGACUUUAUAGCUCAAAGCUUUGGAUUGCCCUAUUUGAGCGCGUACUUGGACGCGGUCGGGUCAAACUUCAGUCACGGAGCCAACUUCGCGACCGCUGGUUCGACCAUUAGACCACAGAACACGACUCUCCACCAGUCGGGGUUCAGUCCCAUCUCCCUGGACGUUCAGUUCAACGAGUUCUAUGAGUUCCGCCGCCGAUCGCAAGUUGCCCGCACCCGAGGUGGGGUCUAUGAGAAGCUGUUGCCCAAGGAAGAGGUUUUCUCUCGGGCACUGUACACAUUUGACAUCGGCCAGAACGACCUCACGGCCGGUUACUUCCUGAACAUGUCCACGAGCGAAGUAAAAGCAUACAUACCCGAUGUGCUUGGACAAUUCAAGAACAUCGUCUCGUAUAUAUAUGGCGAAGGAGGGAGGUACUUCUGGAUACACAACACCGGCCCGGUCGGUUGCCUCCCUUACGUGAUGGAGCGGAUCCCAAUCCUGGUGUCGCAAGUCGACCGUGCAGGCUGCGCGUCCCCGUUCAACGAAGUGGCGCGGCAUUUCAACCGCGGAUUGAAGGAAGUCGUGACCCAAUUGAGGAAGGAACUGCCGUUGGCUGCCAUCACCUAUGUGGACGUUUACGCAGUCAAAUACGCCCUGAUCAGCCAACCCGAGAAGUACGGAUUCAAGCAACCGUUGAGGACGUGCUGCGGCUUCGGAGGGAAGUACAACUUCAACAUCCACAUGGGCUGCGGCGCGAAGAUCACGGUGCGCGGGAAGGAGGUGUUGGUGGGAAAUUCCUGUGAAGACCCGUCAGUUUACGUGAACUGGGAUGGCGUCCAUUACACUGAAGCAGCCAACAAGCAGAUCUUCGAUCACAUCGUGGGCGGUUCGUUUUCUGACCCGCCUGUUCCAUUGAACAAGGCUUGUCAGAAGCGUCCCUCUCACUGAGUCGUCGCCAGCCUUAUGAAUCGAGUUCUCACCUUGCUAGAUUCUUUCUUGGUUGCCCUUCUGAUCCUCUUGUCUUAGCUGCUCAAUUUGCAAAUUUGAGGAUCAGAUUUUGCUCUCUCUCUAUCUCUCUUUUCUGUCAAUUCUCUUAAAGACGAAAGGGAUGAAAUGAAAGUUCACGAGAGAGUGAUUGAAUAACAAAA